UGGCAACGUCAUUAGCAGCCGAGUUCCAAACUAAAAUUUAUUGUCAUUCGUUGAUCUUUCCAAUAUACUAAAUAUCUGCUGAAACUAGUAUGUCAAUAAAACCUGUUUUUGCAUCGAAAUAAUAUAAUCAAACUAAUUAACGUUCAUCACAGCAUUUAGUAACGAAAAAUCGACGUUCCGGCAACCCUUACCUCAGUAACUGGUGCAGUAACCAGUAAUCUUACAUCGUAGUAGCGCCACACUAUGAACGAACGCGUAGUAGACUUCAGCAGCAGCAGUCCGCUUCAUUCAACACGACCUCCGCAAGGUAGUGUGUGAGAGCUCCCGGUAUCAGUAGUGUGAUCGUAGCGCUAGCGAGCGACUCGGGCAGCAAACACGCAGGAAGGAUAGAUAGACACAGCAAAAUCGUCGCCGCUGGUUACAGCUUAGUACCACCGUGGACUCUUGGUUCGGUUCAGUUCUCGAAGACCCACGCGUGUGAGCGGUAACGAACUAACGCGUGCUCUCGGACACUCAGCGAGUAUUGGAAUCGGUUAGGAGAAGUAAAGAAAAACGAAUUAGGCCAUCGAAAACCGGACUUACGAUUGCCAGGAACCGAAACCGAGGAGCGUAACAAUCGCAGAUUGCUUUGUUGUAACCAAAAUAAACAAACUUGGAGGCCGUCGUUGGUUUCAAUCGUUACCUGUGAAGUAAAAGAAAAUCCGUUGAUUGACUGGUGAAUUCAAAACAACAGUGUGAUUGUGAAUCCCUGUGUACAUCUUAUAGUAUUCCGCUAGGCUAGUUUAGUCUUAAAGUGUAACCCGGAGGGGUUUAGAUUUCUCACCCGUGUUCAUCCUGAUCCAGCGGCAACAUGGAGAUGACGACAAAAACAAAAGACGGUCGGGUCGUGACCACCUACCAGUUUCCGGUCCGGCCGGAAAAGAAGACCUUCGGGCAAAUUUUGUAUGACAAGGAAACGAAGAAGAUCCUGGGCCGAACCACCGACAUGUGGGGCAAACUGUUUCUGUUUUACGCGAUUUUCUACAUACUGCUGGCGAUGCUGGUGGCAAUCUGCAUGCAAGGACUACUCUCGACGCUGAACCAGCAAUAUCCCAAAUGGCAGCUGGACGCGUCUAUAAUCGGUACGAGUCCCGGCGUGAACUAUCGACCAUUGCCAGCUACACCGGAAGAGGAAGCAAUUGUGCAGUACGUUGCCGCCAACCGAACCGACGUUAAGCUGUGGGUGGAUCGACUGAACGAAUUCCUGGCGCCUUACAACGAUCCAACAUUGCUUCCUGGUGGGGGCAAAAAUCAAGUGAUCUGCGAUUUCAACACUCCGCCAACAGGUGGAAAUGUGUGCGCCGUCGACGUCAGCAAACUUGGACCAUGUUCAACCAGCGAAGGUUAUAGUUACAACAAAUCUGCACCAUGCAUAUUCAUCAAAUUAAAUAGGAUCUAUGGCUGGACCCCAGAUUACUACGACGAUGCCAACGAUCUACCUCAGGCUAUGCCCACCGAGCUGGUAGACUACAUCAAAUCUAUUCCGGAAGGGCCGGAGCGCAAGCAAGUUUGGGUGUCCUGCAAAGGUUUGAAUGCCGCCGAUGUGGAAGCAUUGGGACCGGUUGACUACUAUCCGACCCGUGGGCUGGCUUCGUACUACUAUCCGUACACCAACAAGGCUGGUUAUCUAAGUCCCCUGGUUGCGGUCCAUUUUGCGCGUCCCACAGUAAAACGCAGCAUCAAUGUCGAGUGCCGUGUGUGGGCCAAGAAUGUGUUUUUCCAGGGAGGCCAGCGGGAUCGGCGAGGAUCGGUGCAGUUCGGACUGCAAAUCAACUAGACUAAAUUAGAAUAGUUACGUUUACGUUCUACCCGCGGAUUAAUUAUACGACGCGAUGCAACUUGAAAGUACGAACUGGAUUCAACGCGAUCAUUUAGAGCACCUUCGGCCCAUAUCGGAUGUACAUAUUGCUGUCUUCCGUAACAGUUAUUGUUAUUAUUUGUUUCUUCUUUAACUACACAGUAUAAUUAAUCGCCACGUUUAUGAUGGCGUUCGUUUAAAUUUGUUUUGGUAACUUAUUGUGCAUCAUCUUGUAAUUAUCAUCCCCAAAAACGAGAUGCGCAAAGAGAGACGCAACCGAAAACGGAAGAUGAAUUGUACAUUGGGGGAGCGAUCCAAUGAACUUGUUUACUUAACUGAAAUGUGAUUAGAGAUUUAUUAGAAUGGAAUAAAUAAAGAUGGUUUGAAAUUUA